AUGGAUUCAAACGAAGGAGAACAUGAAACCAGCUUUUUAAAGUCUGAAGCAAAAAAGAACGCUGAUAAUACUGAUCGUCAAAUAAAAAAAUUCAAUCAUGAUGGAACGGCUGAAUCGCCAAGAAAGACUAAAUUACAGAGUAUUAAAAAAUGGUUUACCAAUAUGGAUAAUCUCUUUGUAACAUUCACAGUUAUCGCUGUCAUUAUGGGUAUGACAAUGGGAUUGAUCAUCAAAAUUUACGUCUCACCAUCACCAAGAACUAUUUAUCUUAUAUCAUUCCCUGGAGAAUUAUUAAUGAAUAUGCUGAAAAUGUUGAUUAUCCCGCUGAUUGUCUCCAGUUUAGUAUCAGGCCUGGCUGGUCUGGAUCCAAAGUCAAGUGGAAAAAUUGGUUCAUAUGCAUUGAUCUACUAUGUAGUGACAACAAUGCUUGCUGUUAUCUUGGGUAUCGGUUUAGUGCUGUGCAUUCAUCCGGGUGAUAAAUCAAUUAAAGAAGAAAUUGGUGAAGGGACAAUAGCAGAGAGAAGACCUGAAACAUUGGACUCUUUGUUGGAUUUAUUGAGAAAUCUAUUCCCGGAGAAUAUUGUCCAAGCAACUUUACAACAACAACAAAGCGUUUAUGUCACAGUUGUUAAACGUCCAAAGUAUGUACGAGUCAGUAAUGCAACCAAUGGUACGGGGAUUAUUCCAAGCAUAAUAGAACCAAUCACCUAUGAAGCUGUUAAACCGAAAUAUGUUGACAGUACAAAUGUUUUAGGUUUGGUAUCAUUUUCAAUUAUUUUCGGUAUAAUACUUGGUCAAAUGGGUGAUAAAGCAGUGACAAUGGUACAAUUCUUUUCUAUUCUGAAUGAAGUUGUCAUGAGAAUGGUACAAAUUAUAAUGCUCUAUUCACCCUUCGGUAUAUUCUUUUUAAUUCUGGGUAAAAUGUUGGAAAUUGAAAAUCUGCGUGAUACAGCUACAGCAUUAGGUUUAUAUAUGAUAACUGUUAUCAGUGGAUUGGCUAUCCACUUGCUUGGAACACUGGCACUGCUCUACUUUUUAGCUACUCGUAAAAACCCAUACAUAUUUUACAAAGGAUUAUUCCAAGCAUGGAUUACAGCUUUGGGGACUGCUUCAAGUGCGGCUACCCUGCCGAUUACAUUUCGUUGUCUUGAACAAAAUCUUGGCAUUGAUAAACGUGUAACUCGAUUUGUCUUACCGAUUGGUGCAACAAUCAAUAUGGAUGGAACUGCAUUAUACGAGGCUGUUGCUACAAUAUUUAUAGCACAAAUAAACGGGAAAGAUUUGUCCAUUAUUGAAGUUUUCAUUAUAAGUUUGACAGCAACAUUAGCAGCAAUAGGCGCAGCAAGUGUUCCGAGUGCUGGUUUAGUCACUAUGAUGUUAGUUUUGACAUCGGUUGGAUUGCCUACAAAAGAUAUAUCAUUGAUACUUGCUGUUGAUUGGUUACUCGAUCGAAUUCGCACAUCAAUCAAUGUAAUGGGUGAUGCAGUUGGAGCUGGUAUAGUGAAUUUCUUAUGUCAAAAAGAAUUAGCCCAGAAUGAUGCAGAGAUAGAAAAAGAAAUCGAUGAAGUUGUUGAAGGCUAUACACGUGAAUUCUCCGCUGGUGGAACAGAUCGUGAAAAACGCAACUCAACUGGUACACGUCACAGUAAGAAACGUAUGAGUUUAGCUGCAGCAAUGCGUUUACAAGAGAAUGCCUCUCCAUUGGGUCCUGUAAUGACAACACAACCACCGCUGGCUGAUCCAGAAUCACCAACCUACAAAAGUCAACCAUCGACAACAGUUCAUCCAAUCGAUGAAACUAGAAAAUAGUUUAUAUUUAUCAAUUCAACGGGUUUUGUUUCUUUUCACAUACACGCAGACUUUGUCUUCAUAUUUUUCCUUUUCAAUACACAUCCAUCCUUCUUCCUUCCAGGCGGACAGAUUUGCACGUAUACAAUCGCAGUAUCAACUGCUUGAUUCACAAAUUACACAAUACACAAACAAACAGAACUUGUGUGAACGUUUCACAAUUAAAAUAAGAAACAGGGCAGAAGAAGCGUUAAGAAUAAUUAGAGAAAUCCUUUCAUUUUUUUGUCGUUUAAUUAUUACAUAAUUCAAUAUCUUAUAUUAUAUAUUUCAAAUUAACGAAUACAAGAAGGAGUAAACGAAGCCAGUAAGACAGUAAGAUAUGCAAGCAGCUUAUUCUUAUCCUUUUGUAAACUAUCCUCCAUUUGAAUAGUGCUCACAUAUUUCACCACACUUCCCUUUCCCCUUGUCAAUUUUGAUAAUCACAAAUGUUUAUGAGGUAGUAAGUAGUUGAAAGACUUAUCAUUUGAAACAUAUAUAUACAUAUAUUUCUCCUUUCAUGACAGAAAUCAAAAAUCCUUUUUCUACGCUGAAUAUGUUCAAUUAUUUCAACAAUAUAGUGCAUGUAUUUGUGACCCAAAAGGAGACAGACAACGAAUGAACGAAAGAAAGUUGUUCAACGGUUCAAUUUCGCUUGAAUCAUUGAUAACAUUGAACACAUCUACAUCUAUACAUAUUGUUUGUUUGUUUUUGUUUUGUUCUGCAGUAGCGUCCAUUUUAAAAAUUAAACAAACAUAGAAGUAUUAUUAUUAUUAUUAUCUAUCGUCUUUACUCUUUCUUGUCUUCUUCAUUUACUUCAUUUAAUGAAAUCCAUUGGGAAGAUGCCACAAGUUCGAAUCCAUUUCAACUGGAGUCAUUUUUUAUUUUAAAAAAUUUUAUUAAACCUUAAUUCAUUAAAGAAGUAUAUUUAUUUACUUAUUAUAUGUUGGUCAGUAAUUGUUUAUUAUUAUUAUCAUUAUUAUAAUUGAGUGAUUUUUAUGUUGUAUUAUUGUUAUUACUAUUAUUAUUAUUCUUACUCUUAGUGUUGGUAAUAAAAUAAUAUAAUUAAAAUAGAUUAAUUCAAUAAAAUUCAAUAAAA